AACCCUCCUUUUCAAUUAUUAUGUCUACCGGAGAGCCUGUGUCCAACUUGAUGUCACAUUCGUACCUGUCAAUGUGUACAUCUCAACACGCCAAAAAAAAUGUGUACAUCUCAAAAAAAGAAAAAACAAAACUCACAAGAGAAAAAGAGGAAAAAAUAUGCGUGCGUACAGUCUCAGUACAAAAACAACCAAGUGGGCAUCUGCAAUUUCUCGAUGGAGAGGUUCUCCAUUGAGCCUCUAGCAAUCUUUUGGAUCUCUCCUGCAUACAUACACAUGUGCUCGGCAGUGUCCAUUUGCAAGAAUCCCUGAACCCAACAAAAUAGUCUCCUACCUUUCAAAAGGCCUCAGAUUAAACCCAGUAAUGAAACUUUCUUUGCAUGUUUAAUCUUGUGGGAUCAAGAAAUUCCAAAAGUUGCUUCACAGUGUGACAUGGGCAUCUUUCUAGCAGUAAAAGAUGGAACGGCGACUUAUCUUGAGAUUAUCUUACUUAUUAGAUCAUUAUUGAACUUUCCUCCUAGGAAAUCGUAUAAAAUAGAAAGCUUUGGCUUUCAAGGACGAGGAUGUUCUGGAGAGGUGCUGAGUAGUAAGCACUGUGCAUAGCCAUAGAGUAAGGUUUUAAGAAAGCAAAUGUGUUGAUCCUCUCAUGUCCAGAAUUCAGCUACAUUUGUCUUCACCACAUGUCUAGUUCCAGGGCAAGUACACGAGACUGAAGCUUUGUAUUCCUCAACACCUAUAGGCAAGAAAAUCACUAUAAAUGCACAAGUCCCAUUUGUAUAUUAGAGCUUCCUCAAUAAUGAGGACUCAUUGACCCAGUUAAUACCUCUAAACUCACCGGUAUCAGACACUGCACUUCGUUCUUCUUUUCCCCACUGCAAACCCCAACAUCACAUUUACAUGGUUUAUUUGCAUUGGUUGUGCUACCAGAGCUGUUCUUGUGCUUGGCAGGUUCGAUGAUUAGGCUUACUGAAGUAGUGAAGCCAAGGCCAUGUCAAAUUCACUAGCAUCAAUAGCUGCAGUUUCUGCCGGGGCAAUUGCAUCGGUGGCUGUCCUAGUUGGACUCGCUUGGUUUUGCAUGUCAAAGCUGAACACUUCAGCUAACAGGAAUUCUGAGACGGGUUCUUCUGAUCCAUCUGCAUUAGUUGAGUGGAACAGGGGAGGUGGAUCUGGUUCAGGAGUGGCUCCGCCGCUAUCUUGGCCCCAUGGACCGAGGCAGUUUACAAUGCAAGAGUUGGAGCUAGCUACUAGGCAGUUCGAUGAGAGCAAUCUCAUUGGACAUGGAAGUUUCGGUUUGGUCUACAAAGGUUUACUUCGUGAUGGAACAGUUGUUGCCAUCAAAAGGCGCACAGGUGUGCUUCAACCAGAAUUUGUCACUGAGGUAUCAUAUUUGUCGGAGAUUCGCCAUCGUAAUUUAGUCACUCUCCUGGGCUACUGCCUCGAAAAUGGGUGUCAGAUGUUAGUCUUUGACUACCUACCAAAUGGCAGCAUGUGCGACCAUCUUUACGACAGAGGACAAGAAUCUUCGACUAAGCUAGAGUUCAAGCAGAGGAUAUCCAUUGCUCUUGGGGCUGCUAAAGGCUUAAGCCAUCUGCACAGCCUUAGACCUCCUUUGGUGCACAAGAACUUCAAAACAGCUAAUGUCUUGGUUGAUGAGAAUUUCAUAGCUAAAGUUGCAGAUGCAGGGCUCACGAAAUUUCUCGAAAAGAUAAAGAUAGAAGAAGCAGGUCCAUCUCACGCAUCUGUCAGUGUUUUCCAGGAUCCAGAGGCAGGAGAAUUGGGUGGUUUCUCUGAGAUGAGCGAUGCAUAUAGCUUCGGAGUAUUUCUUUUGGAGCUUGUCACUGGAGAAGCAGCUCCAAAUAUGAUAUUGUCAGGACAUGAAAGCUUAAUCCAGUGGCUGCAAAAUUAUAGUAAAGAUCUUGAAUCAUGCGGAUCAUUUCCCUAAACAGGGUUAUCACAAUGCAACCGGUGAUUGUUCUCUUGCUCCAAUUCACUCUCUUGUCAAAAGUUCCCAGUUUUUUUUUUUAUUGUCGUAUGCCUAAUCGAGUAACUUGGUUUUAAAGUAAGGUAACACCAGUUCCAUCACUUGCAUAACAUUGAAAAAGAGAUGAGGAAAAGCAGGUUGCUUGUUUAACCUUCCUAACCAUCCAUUCCAUCUUCUUACAUUCUAAAAAGUGACUUGUAAAGGACAUAGUCAGUGAUCACCUUUUCUCGUCUACUCUCGGAAAAUUCAAUAUUAGGUGGAGUCCCGUGAAAGUUUGAUAAACCUUGUGGACCCUCGGCUUCUCGGAACUUUCACAAUGGAUGGAAUGAGGGACUUGACGAGGCUAACGUUGUUGUGCAUGAUUUCCCCGCGUGAAAGGCGACCGAAAAUG